AUGUGUAUCACGUGACCGGCGCUUUUCGGUUUGUGGGUCGCGCGUGCGUUGGUUCGUCCAAUCAGAGCGCUCGACACUGACUUGAGCAACUCUCCUCCACCGAGCAGAAUAACAUGCGCGCGGCAGAUGCUGAUGUUCAGAGCGAGUGAUCCUUAGUAAAUAACAAACAUGAUCCGGAUCGCCGCUCUCAAUGCCGCGUCUCAGGCUGCGGAUGAGCAUGAAGAAGCCUUCAGAAGCACUAAACCAAGUCAAACUAAGGAAGCUCAGGAGGCAGAAGCUUUUGCCCUUUAUCAUAAAGCUCUUGACCUGCAGAAACAUGACAAGUUUGAUGAAUCUGCCAAAGCCUACCAUGAGCUUCUCAAGACCCCUCUGCUCAAAGAGGCAGUGGCAUCUGAAGAUGAGAAAGUUGGACUCAAGCAUCCUGGACUGAUGUUAAAAUAUUCCACCUAUAAAAACUUGGCCAGCCUCACUGUACUCAAAGAUGAUAUUGACACUGCCAUGGACCUUUAUGUGCAGGUAAACGCAUGCUGUCAUAUAGACGUCUGCAGGACUGAGCAAUUAAAAGUUAAACAUCAAUCAAAUUUUUCUCAUGCUUAAAGUGCCCAUCUUAUGACUGCUUUUCCACAAGUUAAAUAGGUGUAUGAGUUCCAUAAAGCAUGUUUCAAAAGUUGUUUGCUCGAAAUAGCUUGUAGGAAAAGAUUAUUACCAGGGUUUAUACAGAAAUCCUUGAGUUAAAUUUACUACUUUUUACUACCUUUUUUACUACCUUCAGAAUAUUUUUUAAAACCAUCACGACACUGAAUUGCAAGUGUUAAUCAGCGACCUUUCUAUUAUUUACACAGAUUUUGACAUAUAUAACAUACAAAAAAGAAUUAAAGUGAAAAAAAUUCUUUUGACUGAA